UGUUGUGUUUGUACCCUGUUUUGUACCUUGCGCUGGCUAGAUAUUUUGGCGCAAUGACAAAUUAAACCGAUUCAAACCGAGGACUUGUUCAUCUGACGAUCAGACUACAUCGCGUUUUCACGGAGAUUUUAUUAAAUGUAAUAAAAGUCACCAGCUGUGGCAGAAUGUCAAAAACAGAAUGUCAAACUUUGUGGACAGCAUGAUCUGACGAGAGCAGGACAAUAACUUCUCGAGAACGUUUAAAAUACCUUGGAUUGAACUUGAAGACCAACAUGAGGUUUGCUCAGAUUUUGUUAAAGAGCAGCUCAAAGCUGAACAUACCAAAACAAGUGGACAGAUUUUCAAAGUACUCUCCGUCUCCUCUCUCAAUGAAGCAGUUCAUUGACUUUGGAUCUGCCAAUGCCUGUGAGAAGACCUCUUUCAAGUUUUUAAGGCAAGAGCUUCCUGUCCGGUUAGCCAACAUCAUGAAGGAGAUUGACUUCCUCCCAGACAAACUGCUCAGCACCCCUUCACUGAAGCUGCUUCAAAGCUGGUAUGCACAGAGUCUAAUGGAACUCGUUGACUUUCUGGAGAAGGAUCCCGAUGAUAAAAAAGUUUUGACUAGGUUCACCGAAACGCUGAUCAAUGUCAGGAACAGACAUAACAACGUGAUGCCCACAAUGGCACAGGGAGUGUUAGAGUACAAGGAUGCUUUUGGCGUGGAUCCUGUGACCAAUCAGAACGUCCAGUACUUUUUGGAUCGCUUCUACAUGAGCCGAAUCUCCACACGCAUGCUGAUGAAUCAGCACACAUUAAUCUUUGAUGGCAGCACCAAUCCAGCCCACCCCAAACACAUCGGCAGUAUCGACCCAAACUGUGACGUUGUGGAGGUUGUAAAAGAUGCUUAUGAGAGUUCCAAGAUGCUGUGCGAUCAGUACUAUUUGACCUCUCCCGAAGUGGAAAUCAAACAAGUGACCUAUAAAGGACCCAACGAGCCCAUACACAUAGUUUAUGUGCCUUCUCAUCUGUACCACAUGCUUUUUGAGCUCUUCAAGAAUGCAAUGAGAGCAACUGUGGAAACCCAUGAAAACAGCCUACAUCUCCCACCCAUCAAAGUGAGAGUUUCUUUAGGAAAAGAAGACCUGACCAUCAAGAUGUCUGACAAAGGAGGCGGAGUUCCCUUGAGGAAAAUUGAAAGACUUUUCAGCUACAUGUAUUCAACCGCGCCGAGUCCUGUGGUGGAAGAUACCCGCAACGCUCCGCUGGCUGGUUUUGGCUAUGGUCUUCCUAUCUCCCGCCUGUAUGCCAAGUAUUUCCAGGGGGACCUGCAGCUUUACUCCAUGGAGGGACAUGGCACAGCGGCAGUCAUAUAUUUAAAGGCCUUAUCUACAGAAUCAAUUGAAAGGCUUCCUGUCUUCAACAAGUCAGCUUUAAGACAUUAUCAAACAAGUAUGGAGGCAGAUGACUGGUGCAUCCCGAGCAGAGAGCCCAAGAAACUAGGAAAGUAUGAGUACAGUGUUUGAGAGCGAGGGAACGCUCAUAUGACAAAAAUAGGGACUUAAAGGUCAGUGUUGCGGAGACCUUCUUUAGGAUAACUAUGUACGUGACUAUUCAGGUAUUUCAGAAGCAUGGUGUUAUCAAAGGUUUGAUUAUUGACUUUUUGAAUGUUACAGUAUGAACAACAAGGCAUUUUUGUCUUCCAUCUCUCACGUUGGUAAUAUUAACCACACACUUAGUUUGUGGUGCUAACACUAUAGUCUUCAGAGAACACGUUCAGUUUCUCUAUAAUAGGGAAAAUAUUUGAACUUCAGUGGAUUGCUGAAAGUGAUUGGUCGUUUGAGCAUGUGUCGAUUCCUACACAUUUCCAUGGAUUGUAAGGCAGACGAACUGAGACUGUAAGUGUUCUAGAGGUUGUGUUUUAGACAGCGGGGCCAAGUUAUUUGCCUUACGUAUUUGGAAGAACACAAAUACAUAAAAAGUAAUCAAGGCUGUUGUAAUUUCCUUGAGGGAAAAUGCAUUCACAAUGCAAGCCUUAGAAUGACAAUAAUUGUAUAUUCUAUUGUUUCUCUUUGCAGUGUUAGAAAUUUUCCUGUAACAGUUAGACCUACUGUCUAACAACUCCAUGUAGUUUUGAUUGUGAAAAUGUGAUGCUGUGGCCAAAUCAUUCAACAUUAGGUACAUGCAUUUAAAAAUAUUAAUACUAUUAAUAAAACAUUGUAAGUAUUACUAAAAACGUUGACGUAACAUUCACGUUACUACACUGACAUUUACUGAAGGCUUUCCUAUUACAGAACUUUCAUAAAAUUUGACUCUUUAUAAUCUAAUUAUGAAAACUGAAUAGUUUAAAUUGUGUCACUAAGAACUGAAUAAGGCACAGGAUUGCAACUGUGGUAGUAUUUAAGUGGCUAAAUGGAUUAGACAGUUUCGAUCUUUUACAAAGUGUAACAUGUAUGAUUAUUGUGACAACAGCUUCUGGCCGAACAUUUCACAUUUUAGUGUGAACAAACAACAUGCAGCAUCAUAGUGAAUUACCGAUUUCUAUUUUAUUAUUAUUAUAGCUUAUUAGGUUUCAAGCAUGAUGGCAAUAUUUUCUUUAUUUUUAUUCGCAUUUCGAAGAUAAAUGUCCUAUUUUUAAUUGUGUUGUCUCAGGAUUGUGACGAUUGUUUUUUUUUUGAGAGUUGUUAUUUUGUUGCUGUUGUUUAUGUGUAUUUUUGUAGCUAUUAAAAUGCAAUGUGAAGGACCUGAAUGAAUCGUAAGGGAACUGAAAGAGGCAAUAGCUGUUUUCUUUUGAGCGACACUUAGCAAAAAGGAUCAUUUGCACGUUUCCUGUUAUAAUCCACAACUGACUUUUACAGUGUAGUGUCCUCAUUCAUACAGUACCUCAUAAUGUUAAUUUGCUGUCAUGGAGAACUCGAUCACUUUCCGUCCUUUUUAAAACACGCUGCUUCCUGACGUUUUCAAUCCACAGUUCUGUAUUUAGAAAGCAGCUAAACUCUAAACUGUGUUUGCCUCACUGAAAUAAUGGAUACUGAGCAAUCUUCAUAGAUUCAAUGCUGAGUGUCUGUUUAUGUACUAUUAAAACAAUGAAUGAGAAAACGAGUGCAGUUUGUUUUUCAUUU